AUGGCUUCCAAGAACACUCUACAAGACCUUAUCGGCUCUUACAACAACUUCGACGAGCCCGAACCCGCGUGGAAUCGCCCGGCGACAAUCAUAGGGCUGUCGUCUGUGUUAUUGGUUCUCUCCACGGCCUGCGUCAUAUUCCGCCUAUACGUGCGACUCUUUGUUAUCCGAUCGCCAGGAUGGGACGACCUGUUCGUCUCGCUCUAUCUCAUCACCACAAUCAGUGGAGGCGUCUCCCUCUGCCUUGCUCCGCAAUGGGGUUUAGGCCAACACUUCCUCGUACUUAAACUUGACGACAUGGUCUCAUAUCUAAAGGUCUUCUACGUCACUAAUGCGUCGUACAACACGUCGGCGGCCCUGAUAAAGAUAUCACUGCUAUUCCAAUAUAUGCGCAUCUUCGAUCGUGGCAUGAUGCGAAUGGUCUGCAUCUUUCUCCUGGUUAUGGUUGGGCUUUGGGGUACGGCUUACUCCUUCAUGGCUUGGUUCCCGUGCUUUCCUGCCCAAGGCUACUGGGACUGGACGGUGCGUUCCCGCUGCUAUGCCUUCGGGUCACUCGACACGGACACCUUCUUCGCUACCUAUGCCAGCCAGACCGCUCUCAACAUGGUCUUCGAUAUCCUCGUUCUCAGUGUCCCAAUCCCGAUGUAUUUCCGGAAAGAUACAUGCCAUAGGACCAAGCUGGGGCUUCUAGGUCUCUUCUUCAUGGGUGGAAUCGUGAAUGGCCUGUCCAUCUGGCGGCUGGCUACGAUUAUUAAUCAUCGGGCAACAACUAAGCCCACGUUUGAUCCUACAUGGUACAGUCCAGUGAGUAUCUUACUUGGGAUGAUGGAGGUCACCGGGGCCAGCAUCUGCGCUUCGGUGCCGGUGUUCUGGCCGGUUCUUACAGCUCGCAUCGAGGAGAUCCUAGUGACCCGAGAGAUCCAGAUCACCAGAGCGCACAGGUUUUCGGGGGACGGCGAUGAUCGGGUCGAACUUCAGCACAGCCGCACGGGCAGCGAGGCUAGCUUGGCACCGCUGGGGAAGCAGGUUCACUACAACGACGAUUUCGUUCGGGAUCAAGUCGAUCCACUGAGACAGAAGCCUUCGUACGCGGUGGAGUCGGAAAUCACUGCCGGCGGCCCUGGGAAGCAGAGGUCAAGAACGGCCGUGCAAGCCAAAUCUUAG